AUGGCCAAGUUCCUCCUCCACACCUUCUACGCCACGGGCCACGUCCUGCCCAUGCAGGCGGUGGCCAAGGCGCUGGUCGACCGCGGGCACGAGGUGGUGUGGCUGACGAGCCCGGCGCAGGAGGCCCGCGUGAGGGCCUCGGGGGCGCGGUUCGUGGCGACCGAGGAGAUCGACCGCGUCGACAAGGUGCUGCAGGGCGCGGACCCCAAGACGCUCGAGGAGAUCGUGGACGUGUUUUUUGGCGGGCGGCUCGCGGCGCAGGUGGCGGACCUGCGCGGUGUGCUUGCGGGCGGGUUCAGGCCGGACGUGCUGGUGAAUGAUGCGCUGCCCUUUGGGGCGGCUGUGUUACACGAGCUGGGCGAGAUCCCAGCCUACGCGACCCUAGGCGUGGUACCAAUGUACUUCCGCGAGCACGCGCCGAAGUCAACCCUCGGCACGCUCCUCAGCCAGCCCGAGAUAAUCGUAGGGUGCCUCAACUCCCAGCGGACAGACCUCGGCCUGGGCGCCAUCGAGCCCUCGCAGCUCCUCCAGUACAGCCCGCGGCUGCACAUCCAGGCGUCCAGCCCGGGGCUCGAGUACGAGCAGGCGCUGCACCCGACCGAGUACGUCGGCCCGCUCAUCAGCCCGCUGAACAGCACCUCGGCGGCCCUGCCGGAGUGGUGGGGCGAGGUGGUCGACGCCCCGGGGGAGGGCCGCCGGGUGGUGGGCAUCACGCAGGGGACCUUCGCGACGGACCCGACGAGCCUGAUCCUGCCGGCCACCCGCGCGCUCCGUGGCGACGCGGGCCUGCUGCUGGUGGUGCCGUCGCAGCAGGCCGAGGAGGUCACGCAGGCGCUGCUCUCGGACGGCAGCGGCUUGCCAUCCAACCUGCGCCUGGCGGCGUGGCUCCCCUACGAGGCGCUGCUCCCGCGGUGCAGCGUGCUCGUGACCAACGGCGGCUACGGCAGCGUAACACAGGCGCUCUCCCACGGGCUGCCUCUUGUUUGCGCGGGCACGAGCGAGGACAAGAAGGACACGGCGGCGAGAGUGACGCGUGCGGGCGCGGGCGUCGACCUCGGGACGGAUUGUCCGUCUCCGGAGCAGGUGCGGGACGCGGUGGCGGAGAUACUUGGGGACGGGACAUAUCGCGAGAACGCGUCGCGCGUGGGGCGGGGGCUGAACUCGCUGGGAGGGGCGGCGAGGGCGUGCGAGCUGCUGGAGGGGGUUGUUGGGAGGUGA